UCCACUUGGGUCCAUAAAGGCCGCGCCGCGCGCUCCGCUGCACCCGCCUCCUCCAGUCGCUGCACACCUGCGCUCGUCCGCCUUCCAGCUCCACCGCCACUCGCCAUGGACCCCAACUGCUCCUGCGCCAACGAUGGCUCCUGCUCCUGCGCCGGCGCCUGCAAGUGCAAAGAGUGCCGAUGCACCUCCUGCAAGAAGAGCUGCUGCACCUGCUGCCCCGCUGGCUGUGCCAAGUGUGCCCAGGGCUGCGUCUGCAAAGAGGCUUCUGACAAGUGCACCUGCUGCGCCUGACCUGGGGACCACGCGGAGCCACGUGUAAAUAGAGUGAUGUGUACAAACUUGGAUUUUUUUUUUUUUUUUUUUACAACUCUGACCCAUUCCCUGCAUCUCGUUUUCUAUGAACCAUGUAAUGGAUAAUAAAGUCAUUGACUUGA